AUGGCAGCCGCAGAUUUUGAUGCCCUCCCAUCUCUCAAGCGUCUCAGCAUUCAGUAUUGUGGAAUGACCGGGAAGUGGUUAUCUUUGAUACUCCAACAUGUGCGAGCCCUAGAGGAAUUGCAUCUAGUAACAGGGCUAUCGAUAGAAGGAAAGGAGAAUAGUUUAUCAAAUCUCACCUCGGCUCCACGUGCUUUGUCACAAGGAAAUCCAUAUCAAGAUGGCGCAUCGACAAGGCCAUGUCCUAACAAACUCCUGUGGAUUCCAUCUAACCUCAUACCCUCUCUCAAGAAGAUGUCCAUUGCAUUUUGCAAGCUAAAGUUUCUGGGGAACAAGGAAUGCUUCUCUGGAUUCACCUCCCUUGAGAAGCUAAGAAUUGUUGAAUGCCCCGAGCUGAUAUCGUCCUUGGUGCGUGAAGACGAAAUCGAUGACCAGGCAAACGGAAGAUGGCUUCUCCCGUAUUCACUUGGCAUACUGGAUAUCCAUGACGCUUCCCUAGAAACGCUGCAUCCCUGCUUUCCAGGAGAUCUGACCCGCCUCAAAGUACUAGAAGUGUCGGAAAAUGAUGCAUUGAAAUCUCUACAGUUGCAUUCCUGCACAGCACUGGAAGAGCUGACAAUUCGAUGUUGCAAAUCGCUAGACGCACUAGAGGGUGUCCGGUCCCUCCGCAGUCUCAGGUAUUUGGAAGUAUACAGAUGCCCUGGCUUACCUCAAUGUUUGGAGAGUCUAUCGACGCAGGGUUAUGAGCUGUGCCCUCGAUUGGAAAGGCUUCGGAUCGACGACCCGUCAUUUCUUACCACGGCAUUCUGCAAGCACCUCACCUCUCCCCAAUGCCUAAAGCUCGUGGACGAAUAUGCACUUAUCGACAUGGCAGGACUAACAUGCGAACAAGAGGCAGCGCUUCAGCUUCUCGCGUCCCUGCAACAGCUCUGA